UAUUUGAGCUAUAAUUUGAAAACAAAGCAUAUUUUUUUCUAUUUGCUUGUGAUGACUCUACAAAUAAUAAUGAUAAUACAAUUCUAAAAACUUAUUUUGUUUUAUAUGUUUUAAGUUUUCUUUAGCAAUAGCAUUUUAUUGCCAUUUAAUUGGCUUAUUAAAAUGUACAUGACUCCUAACACAUUUAUUAUUUGUGGUAUGUAUUAUCAUGGUUAAGAAACUUUCAUCAUGGCACAUGGCAGAUGAAAACAAAACGAAAGAAAGCUGAACCAAGUUUGUUUAAAAGCAACAGAUUAUAUUUGAAUUAUCUCGUUAUUUUGCAUGUCCAAUUUUUAUUUUUGAAGUUGUAAUAGGGGAGAUGUUGCUACAGAAACGUGCCCGACAGAAUGACAUGCCAGAACUGAUUUUUGUCUCACAUAUUUGCGUCUGAGUCAGACAAUAUCUUUUUUAUGCUUCACAUAUCCUUUACCCACUCUUUCUUAGCUACGCAUCUAUGUCACUAUUAAUACCUAUCACUGUGAAUAAAAAUCUCUCAUAUUGGCAACACUGGAUUAACAGCUGUUGUUGUUGGUAAACAUAUAUUAUCAAACACCGUCAAACAUUGGUUUUGCAAGUACAACAUAAGUGUGAAAAAUAUCUGAUAAACUAACAAUUGUUCUUGAUUCAUUUUCUCAUAUCAUCUGUGCUUUAGAUAAUUUUGAAAAUUAAAUACCAACCUUGUGCCAGGGCUUUUUAGUCUAAGGAAAAUAAAAUAUAUAAAGGAAAUGCAUUUAUCAAGACUGAAGAUUUAUCAAUCAAUUCUUUCACAAAGCCUAAGGAGGUAUGGAUAUCAGAAGGUUAGAGGGUAUAAAAUGUCAUCCAUUUGUCUUGUCACGGACAAAAGAAACACCGCACCUCUGACUCAAGAUGCUGGUGAAUUUAUGGCAAAAGUUCUAGAGUAUUCCAAAACUGGAGCAUUUUUUGCAGGAACUGGUCAAUAUUAUCAAGUGAAAGAUCAAGACCGCAUUGUUGUUUUGAACUUUGCGGAAGAUUUUAUAGCAGAUACACAAGUGAAUUUAUUUGAUACUGUAACAUUACUUGAUUGCUCCUUAAAGUUAACUGAUGUUGAUUUAUUUAUGCAAAACAUUAAAGGUGUUUCCAACUUACCUAUUUACAAUGGUGAAGUUGAUUUUUUGCAUACUGCACCAUGGCAAUAUGGAUUUACUCUGAAACCAUUCAGCAUUUUUUCUGGUGAUGAGCGAAUUUGUUUUCUUAAAGAUGAUAAAAUUUACUUAAGUAACCUUGGACAUACUGAAGUUUUUGAUAUCGCAGAUGUUGAUCAUGUUUCAUUGUGGGUGUCUGAUGAACCGUAUAAUGAAAAAAAAUUAGCUCUAAAUCUAAAAGGCAACAUCAAUAAAACACUGAUCAGUGUGGAGCAGAACAAUGUUUAUUGCGAUCUUGCUACGUUAACUGUAAACACUGAAUGGAUGAUGAAAGCUGCAGCAUUACUCUGUGUAAAUUUGACACGAAAGGGAAAUGAGAGUGCACAUUUGAGACUGUCACCAGUUUUACAACCUGUCAAUAAUAGUUGGGUUGCCAUACGUCAAAAGAUUUGGAUUGAUAUGAUACAGAAAAAUGCAUUGCCUGAAUGACAAUCGUUGAUACUUCCAACUAAGUUAGACGAGAAGAAUAUACAGUAUAAAAUUUGAAUAAUGUUUUAUUUUGUUCAUAAAUAUCUUAAUAGUUGCAAUUUAAAUAUCAAAUUAUCUAUAUAUUUUGUUAGUAAACUGCAGUAAGUGGUAAUGCUAUAGACCUCUCUAUUAGUCCAAAUUAUGGAUAUGUACUGUAUUUUUGAUGAUAUGAUUUAAAAUAGUUUUACAUGAAUCUCACCUUAACUAACCUAUAUAUAUAUGUCUGAAAGUAUGCAAUGUAUACAGUAUGUGGCAAUAAAAUAUGAAUCUAAAACGUGUAAAUAAUUUUGGCAGAGUGUUAUUACUGCUGACCAGCAUUUAUAGUGUAAUUAUAUUCCUUUGCUGGAUUAAGAUUGCUUGUCUAAAAUAGGUACAGCAUAAGGACUAAAUACUUUUAACAAAUUUUUAAGUGAAGAAAAUAUAUUAACAUUGAUAUA